UAGUGAUCCUGAGGAAGCUGAUGUGUUAUUCCCCCUCUGCAUCGAAGGAUCAGGAAGUUUGUGCUCUCUGCGUGCCUGAGAAGUUUUUCAUCUACUUAGACGGGGCUGGGUUAGGGGAAACUGGUGUCCUCCUAAAAUAGAGCGCAAGCUGGAGCCUGCGUCCCCCUGUAGCCCAGCAGUAACAUCAGAAACAGGUGAGAAUGACGACAUUAACUCACCGAACCCGCCGAACUGAAGUAAGCAAGACCUCUGAAAAGAAAGUAGAAACUGAAGAAGACACUAAUCAAGACAGAAGUCCAGAUAAUGAUGACCCUGGAGACUCUAAGGAUAUCCGACUCACUCUUAUGGAAGAAGUAUUGCUCCUGGGACUAAAAGAUAAAGAGGGCUAUACAUCUUUCUGGAAUGACUGUAUAUCAUCUGGCCUUCGAGGUGGCAUCCUGAUAGAGCUGGCCAUGCGGGGGCGAAUCUACCUGGAACCUCCCACCAUGCGUAAGAAGCGACUACUAGACAGAAAGGUACUGCUAAAGUCAGACAGCCCAACAGGUGAUGUUUUACUGGAUGAAACUAUCAAACACAUCAAAGCAACUGAACCAACAGAAACUGUGCAAACAUGGAUAGAGCUACUCACUGGUGAGACAUGGAACCCCUUCAAAUUACAGUACCAGCUGCGAAACGUACGAGAGCGAAUUGCAAAGAAUCUAGUAGAGAAGGGUAUUCUAACCACUGAGAAGCAGAAUUUCCUGCUGUUUGACAUGACCACUCAUCCAGUGACCAAUACAACAGAGAAACAGCGACUAGUGAAGAAACUUCAAGACAGUGUACUAGAACGGUGGGUAAAUGACCCUCAGCGUAUGGACAAGCGAACACUAGCACUCCUGGUGCUGGCCCACUCCUCCGAUGUGCUAGAGAAUGUCUUCUCUUCUCUGACGGAUGACAAGUAUGAUGUUGCAAUGAAUCGAACCAAGGACCUAGUAGAACUGGACCCUGAAGUGGAGGGGAUAAAGCACAGUGCCACAGAAAUGAUCUGGGCUGUGCUGGCAGCCUUCAAUAAAUCCUAAAGGCAGCAGGUGGCUUUCUCCUUUUCCCCUGCUGGCUGGUGACUGUCAGAGACCCCAACGCUGAGUUUUGUGUGAUAAGAUAUUUUUAUCAUUUUCUUUUCCAGUUCUUGAAUCAGACUCAUGACUUGGGGAGAACAAUUUCAGGGCUUCUCCAUAGACCUUGACCAUUCUAAGCAGACUUUUUUUUUCCCUAUACUUCACUCCAUAGCCGAAUGAACUAGAUGAACCCACACACACCCAAUAAACAUCUCUGAUUUCUGGGUUUAGUUUUGUCCAGUGUGCUUUUGCAUAAACAGGAAUACCUAUGUGAGGUUUAGUGUUCUCUAGCAAUAGGAUGUGAAUAAUGAAGAGCAAACCAUGUGUUCAGUUUUCUACUUGAUUUCUAUCUUAUUUACAUGUUUUCUCAGCCUUUGUCUUCAGACUCUGUUAAAUGUUGAAGCUUAUUGAAAUACCUAUCUCUUUGAAUGAGGGGUAGUGGAAACAAAACUAAUUUUGGGAGCAGGUGGCUUCAGGGAUUGCAUGUCCUGCCUGUGAUGUUAUUUUCUUUUCUAAUCUGAAGAAGGCAUCCCAAAUUUGAUGACCUUAAUCCCAUAGUUCUAGAGCCAGAAAUGUAUCCACAGUCCUCUUUAGCACUCUCCUGCUCCCUGAUUCAUUAAGACAAAAGUCUAAAUUUAAAAAGUAUGUCUUAAACCACCUUCUUCAUAUAGCCAGGACUAGAAUUUGUAGGAAAGAGGUAACAAGAGAAUUUCCAUCUUUUAAUCCAGUGUGGUGGCACAUACUUGUUGUCCUAGCACUUGGGAAGUAGAGAGGUAGGAGGAUCUGGAGCUCGAGACCAGCCGAGGCAUGAUAGCAAGUUCAGGGUCAACUUGGGCUACAUAAGACCCUCUCUGUUUCAAAAAUAAUUCCCAUCCUUUAGUAUGACUGCUCUGUUUCCUACUCUAAAUUAAGGGGAUUGUAAAUUUUAAUUCCCAAAUAGCAGCACCUGAGUCCAGACAAUAUAACCAAACUCCACAUCUUCUAUAUAAAUUGAUAAAAUUUCCCUCUAAGGGCUCUGGCAGCCAUUCUGUCUUAAUUUAAUCUACAGACACCCUCCAAAUUGUGUCUUCUUUCAAUGCAGCCAUCAUUCUAGCCAAAUCUCUUUAAAAUUUAUUUUUCACUUCAGUAGUGAAAGUGGAGAGAAACUUUAUCAGGAAAGAUCCUAUUUGUUUGUUCAGUUUGGUGUUGACAGCAUGCUGAUAGAAAGUGUAGGAUUAAGGGAUAUGAAGAGGACAAGCACUGAGUUGUGCUAAUGUCAAGCAUUUGUUAUACCUUCAUUGAAUCUACCCUGUUGAUCACUGUACAGAAAGAAACUGUCACACAGAUGACUGCACCCUGAUACCAAGUCCUGAUAGAUGCAAGUGGUUACAGCUUCAUCUGCUUCCCUGAACCUACCUGGGCCUGCAGAAGUCCUCCAACUCAUGUUGUUGUUCUCAUUUCAAGUGUCUCAAUGACUAGAGAUAUAAAUUAUAACGUGAAACAAAUUCCAAGAAGCUAAGUAGAGCUUCAGUCCAGCUCUCCAGAAGUACAAAAUCCAGCUCAUGUGUUCUCUGUACCUGGGAUAGCUUUUCUUCCAUUGGAACAAUUCGGCAUGAAUUGAAACCAGGUUUUCUUGCGGAAAGUUUCAACUUGAUUGGGGAUAGAAGCUGAGUUCUUUCUUGCAACUCUUUAUUUUUAUAUGUCCAGAAAAUGAAGAAGUCUUGAGUUCAGAUUUGUAUAAUGUUCACUGCUAAAUACUCUCAUUUAGUGUUAUCGCCUUCACAUUUCUGUAUAAUAAAGAUCAAUCAUUGUG